GAUUCCUCGCAGAACCGCGAGGACGCGGGCGCUGGGUGCAGCGGGGUGCGGAGCCCAGUUCUGACUCGCCACAACCACCUGAAGGACUUCAUGCUGGUGGUGUCCAUCGUCAUCGGCGUGGGGGGCUGCUGGUUCGCCUACAUCCAGAAUCGCUACUCAAAGGAGCACAUGAAGAAGAUGAUGAAAGACCUCGAGGGGCUCCACAGAGCUGAGCAGUCGCUCCAUGACCUUCAAGAACGGCUGCAGAAGGCGCAGGAGGAGCAUCGCUCCGUGGAGGUGGAGAAGGUGCACCUGGAGAAGAAGCUGCAGGACGAGAUCAGCAUCGCCAAGCAGGAGGCGCACCGGCUGCGCGAGCUGCGCGAGGGCACCGAGAACGAGCUGAGCCGGCAGAAGUAUGCGGAGCAGGAGCUGGAGCAGGUUCGGAUGGCCCUGAAGAACGCGGAGAAGGAGCUGGAGUCGCACUGCAGCUGGGCUGCGCCCGAGGCCCUGCAGAAGUGGCUGCAGCUGACGCACGAGGUGGAGGUCCAGUACUACAACAUCAAGAAACAGAACGCGGAGAAGCAGCUGCUGGUGGCCAAGGAAGGGGCUGAAAAAAUUAAGAAGAAGAGAAACACCCUGUUUGGGACGUUUCACGUUGCUCACAGCUCCUCUCUAGAUGAUGUCGACCAUAAAAUCCUAACUGCAAAGCAAGCGCUGAGCGAGGUGACGGCCGCGCUGCGGGAGCGCCUGCAUCGCUGGCAGCAAAUCGAGCUCCUCUGCGGCUUCCAGAUCGUCAACAACCCCGGCAUCCACACCCUGGCGUCGGCCCUGAACAUCGACCCGGGCUGGAUGGGCACCCCGCGGCCCAACCCCUCGCACUUCAUCAUGACCGACGACGUGGACGACCUGGACGAGGAGAUCGUGUCGCCCAUGUCCAUCCAAUCUCCCGCCUUGCCCGGCACAGUUCGACAGCGCCUGGUGGACCCGCAGCACGGCCACGGAUCUCAGAGGUUGGUAGAGAGUUACGCGCCGGGCCAGACUGAGUCGGGCCAAGCUGCCCACUACCGGGCGGGCAGAGUCUCCCUCCGUCGAAUGCACAGCCUCUCCGGACAGUCGUUCAGUUCCGAAUUUCCCGGCGCCGGCCCAUCACCUGCUGCCACCGCCACCUCUUGCUCCUCAUCCACCACCACCGCCUCUGCUCCUGCUUGCCAUGUCCACCCUGUCUAUCACCAUCACACCACCUCUUAUUUCCUCCAGACGGACUCCACCCCCGAUCUGCCCCCUCCUGAUGUCACCUCUGGAGCUCGCUGUCGCGCUGAGAGCUUUGGGUCGGAGGCUGCGCGAGGCUGCGCCCGCUCGGGUGUGAGAUUUAAGCCCCGCUGGGUGCGAGGGGACGCGUGGGUCGCGUGGUCUCUGGUCCGGGGCAUCGCGGGCGCUGGGUGUGAGGGGACGGUGGCCGGGCGGCUGCGACAGACGUCAGAGCCUCCCCUGCCGCUGUGCUGGGGAGCUGUGGCCGUGCCCACGCUGGCUCAUCUCGCU